CCGGAGGCCCCGCAGGGUGCUGCCAAGGAGGCCGGCGGCACCGAGCAGCCGGACCCCUCCACCAUGACUCCCCAGGAACAGCAGCAAUACUGGUACCAGCAGCACCUGCUUAGCCUGCAGCAAAGGGCAAAAGCCCAUGCUCAGGGACAGCAGCAAAUGAAGGGUCCAGUAGUGAAGGAUGCAUCUGAGCAGAGAUCAAAGUCUGAAGAAGGGAAAAUGAGUGCUUCAACUCAGCAAUCUGAACCUCCUCCACUUAAUGAAUCCCUGCCUCCACUCAAUAUUGAACCUCCUGAUGACCCCGAGGAAGAUUUGAGAUUGCAGCAAUUGCAAGCGGCAGCAGCUCAAUGGCAGCAGCAUCCCCAUCAGCGGGUUGGAUUUCAAUAUCAGAGAAUAAUGCAGAAGCAUGCCCAGCUGCAGCAGAUAGUACAGCAGUAUCAACAGAUCAUGCAACAGCCUCCACACUUACAGACAAUGUCAGUGGACAUGCAGCUGCGACAUUAUGAGGCACAGCAAAAGCAGUUCCAGCAGCUUCAUCAAGAUUGGGAGCGAUCAAUGAACCAACAGUGGCAGCAUCAGCUUCAAACCUACCCUCACAAAGACCAGCUUCAAGAGUAUGAGAAACAGUGGAAAGCAUGGGAUGAGCAGAUGAAGGUCACUCAGUCCCAUCUGCAGGAGAAAGUGAGCUCACUCCAAAAUCUGAAGAAUCAGUAUCCUGCAAAUGUUUCGCUGCCACCUCCAUUUGUUCCAUAUUCAACUACACCUCCGCUCAUCCCCCCACCUCUCUCUUCUGUUUCUCAGUUACCUAAUUCCUCUGUCCCUUCAGGAUCCAGUUCUCAAAGCAGUCAAUCUACUGAGACACCAAGGCCAGCUCUGCUUCCCACCCCUGGUACCUAUGCAUCAAAAAUAGCUAGUUCAACUGUCUAUUCACCUUAUCAUUCUCAAGUAAGUUCAUCCUUUGGCUCUUCAGACCACGGAAAGUCUCAAGUUCAUCUUGGUAAACAAACUGUCUCUAUUUCAUCUGAGCAAGGAUGUGGGGAACUGAAAGCCAAUUCUGCAGUAUCUUCAACACAUGCACCUACCAUGCAGGAUAAACCAGUGAGGUCAGGUGGAUUGCUUCCAGAUCCUCCCAGAUCAGCACGUUUUGAAGGCCCCAGAGGCCCUAGGUUUGAUGGACCUCGCGGAAGAGGAUAUGACAAAUUUGAAGCUUCAAGACAGAGAGGGCCUCGUUUUGACUCUCAGCGCUCGGAAGGAUACAGGUCACGUUUUGACCGACAGAAUACAGAUGGACAGUCUUCAAGUAGAUGGGGGACUAUCCCACGAGGACCAGCAGCACAAUUUUAUACUUCAACAAAUGCAUCACAUGGACAUGGUUCUCGACCUGGUGGCCCACGGUGGAGGGGACCCAGGCCUCAUUUGGGACAGCAGCAGCAGUCACAGACAGACUCGCAGUCAGAAAACAAAGAAGCUUUUACAGACGUAGCUGGCAAUCAGCAGGCUGUAAGCAGAACACAGUCUACUCCUGAUGCACAGAGUGCAGGUCCCGUUGAGCCAAAUGAGGACCUGACAAACACUCAACAGGAGCCAUCCAAACCUGAAGUCAAAGAAACUAUUUCAGACCCUCCUAAAAAGUGGACAUGGAGUUCACAUGAUCCUAACCAGCAAGUAGAAGAGUCCAAAGCACCCACUCCGCCUAUUCAGAACCAGAAAUCAACAUCUCUUUCUAGUAACCCUGUAGCUUUGCAGUCAGGUAUUGCAAGAACAGGUGGUGCGGUAACUCCUGUAACAGGAAAUCAGGAUUUGGAUUCACCAGACAGCCAGUUAAUUGCUUCAGAUAGCACCCAGGGUCUACCUGGACCAGAAAGCAGAGGGAAAGGGCCGUUUAUGCAUGAAGACAGAGGCAAGGGACCAGUAAGCAGAGGAAGGGGCCAAGGAAGACUGGAUGAUGGCCGUGGCAGAGGGCAGGGGGAUGGCCGUGGCUGGGGAAUGGGCCGUGGCCGGGGGAUGGGCAGGAUGGAUGGUGGCCGGGGGAUGGGCAGGAUGGAUGGUGGCCGAGGGAUGGGCAGGAUGGAUGGUGGCCGAGGGAUGGUGGCGGAGGACGUGGCAGGAUGGAUGGUGGUUGGGGGAGGGGCAGGAUGCGGGGAGAGAGGCCCGGGCAGGCGGGCGGGUAGCCGGGAGAGGGAGCCCAUGCGGCGGGCGGGUAGCCGGGAAAGGGAGCCCAUGCGACGGGCAGGUAGCCGGGAGAGGGGCCCUGUAAGACGAGCAGGUAGCCGGGAGAGGGGCCCUGUAAGACGGGCAGGUAGCCGUGAGAGGGGCCCUGUCAGGCGGGCAGGUAGCCGCGAGAGGGGUCCCAUCAGGAGGCCAGGUAGCCGGGAGAGAGAAGCAGGAAGAUCUGAAACAGGCAAUAUAGAUAAACCCAUUCACCUAGGAGAUGACCCUGAUAAGUUGCCUCCAUACCAUCGAGAUGAGACACUCAGGGGUUCUUGGGGUCAUGAAGAUGAUAGAAUGCAGGAGGAAUUUCCUUUAGAUAGUCAAGAUGACCCUUCUUUGGAACAUGAGCAAUUGGAUGACUGGGAAAGAGACCGAUACUGGAGAGAUCACAGCUCUGAUUAUCAGGAUGAUUCUGUAGAUGUGUAUGACAGAGAUGACAGGUUGCAAUCCCACCAUUCAUUGCCUCCAUUAUCUCCCCUACCACCACUACCUCCUUUAUCAUCUGAUCAUGACAGACGAGAUUCAUGGUGGGAUGACUGGAAGAGGCCAAGAGAGAGAGAACUAGAGAGAGAUCUAGAUAGGACUGGGAGAUCCUCAGAUAUUUAUGAUCAAGAUUUAGACAGAGAAUGGGAUAGAGACUGGGACAUGAGACCUAUGGAUGACAGAGAAAUGGGGAAUCGUGACCUGGAUAUCCCCCCUCUACCACCUUUGCCACCUCUUCCACCUUUGGACAGAUAUCGUGAAGAUAGGUGGAGGGAGGAUCGGAACAGAGAUCAUUAUGACAGAGACCUCCGAGACAGAGGGGAGCUGAGGAUUAGAGAGUAUCCAGAGAGAUAUGACACAUGGCGAGAGAAGCAAGACUACCUUCCUGAAAGGACUGAUUGGGAGAGGGAACGGUUGUCGGAUAGGUGGUAUACAGAUGAUGGAGACAGACUGCGGUCUUUGGAUGAUCAUUCAGAUUCAUCCCUUCCUCCACCUUCACAUUCCUCUGAUAUGCUGGGAGCAGAUUCAAACCUGGACUCUGACCAGUCCUUGGGAGGAGUGAUGGUCCUUAGCCAAAGACAGCAUGAGAUAAUUCUGAAGGCUGCCCAGGAGCUCAAAAUGCUUCGAGAGCAAAAAGAACAGCUACAGAAAUUGAAAGAGUUUAAACCUGACAUGUCCACACAGGACUCUCCAAGAUCACAGAACACAAGCACAAGGCCAGCUAUUAAACCUUCUCCUGCUGUUAUUAUAAAGCCUCCCGUGUUGUUCAGACAGCCCACCCCUGUGACAAGACCAAGUGCCCCACUGACAAGGUCUGCUACACCUAUGACACGGCCACAUGCUCCAGUUUCUACUCCAACUACAACCCCAAGUCAUGGUCAGUCUUUAAAACCAUCACCUUCUACUGUGGAACAGGAACGCUGGGAUGAGGAUUCUUUCCACGGACUCUGGGACACAAAUGAGGAUAAAGGAGCAAAUAUGGAGUACGAGUUGUGUAAACAGGAGUCAGUGAUGCCUCCACCCGUCUCCUCACCUGUGAAAGUACCUGCCAUUCACACCUCUGUUUCGUCAGCUGUGCCGGUGUCCCUUCCUCCAGUUAUUCCACCGGUUCCUAAAGCAUCUGUAAUUCAGCAAACUGUGGAUUAUGGACACGGGCGAGAUAUAACCACCAGUAAAGUGGAACAGAUUCCAUAUGGGGAGAGGGUAACCCUGCGUCCGGAACCUCUACCAGAGAGGCAAACCUUUCAAAAAGAGCACCCUGGUCGUUACAACAGAGAAAGAGAUCGUGAACCUUAUUUUGAGCGUCAAGGUAAUUCCAACACAGAUCAUCGGGAUUUCAAGAGAGAGCGGGAACUGCACAGAGACCGUGGUUCUGUAGACUAUGAACGAGACAGAUUUGAAAAAGAGCGGCAUCCCCGAGAUGAUAGGACUCAGUCUUACCGUGACAAGAAAGACCAUCCCUCCUCCAGGCGGGGUGGUUUUGAAAGACCACCAUAUGAACGAAAAACAGAUCGUCCAGCAUAUGAUCAUGGGCCUUCCAUGUUUGGAGGUGAUCGUAGAAAUUACCCUGAGGAAAGGAUUCCUAUUUCUGCUCCAUCAAUGCCCCGUCAGCCACCACCUGCUCCACGAGUCGAAAGGAAGCCAGAAUCUAAAAAUGUAGAUGAUAUUUUGAAGCCACCGGGACGGGAUAGCAGGCCAGAGAGGAUUGUAAUCAUAAUGAGAGGGUUGCCUGGCAGUGGAAAGACACAUGUAGCAAAACUCAUCAGGGAUAAGGAAGUAGAGUGUGGAGGACCUGCACCAAGAGUGCUCAGCCUGGAUGACUAUUUUAUCACUGAAGUGGAAAAAGAAGAGAGAGACCCAGAUACAGGGAAAAAAGUUAAAAAGAAGGUGAUGGAGUAUGAAUAUGAAGCUGAUAUGGAAGAGACCUAUCGUACCAGCAUGUUUAAAACUUUCAAAAAGACCUUGGAUGAUGGAUUCUUCCCCUUCAUUAUCCUUGAUGCUAUCAAUGAUAGAGUGCGACAUUUUGAACAGUUUUGGAGUGCUGCAAAAACCAAGGGGUUUGAGGUGUACUUAGCUGAAAUGAGUGCAGAUAACCAGACAUGUUCCAAGAGGAAUAUUCAUGGACGCAAGCUAAAGGAAAUCAGCAGGAUGUCUGAUCACUGGGAGGCAGCGCCACGUCACAUGAUGCGCCUGGACAUUCGUUCCCUAUUGCAGGAUGCUGCUAUCGAAGAGGUGGAGAUGGAGGAUUUUGAUGCAAAUAUUGAAGAUCAGAAAGAAGAAGUCAAGAAGGAUACAGCAGAGGAGGAAGAAAGUGAACUGGGUUACAUUCCGAAAAGCAAAUGGGAGAUGGACACUUCUGAGGCAAAGCUAGACAAGCUGGAUGGUUUGCGGACUGGCACUAAAAGGAAACGUGACUGGGAAGCAAUUGCCAGCAGAAUGGAAGAUUACCUACAGCUUCCAGAUGACUAUGAUACACGUGCUUCUGAACCUGGAAAGAAAAGGGUGCGGUGGGCAGAUCUAGAAGAAAAAAAAGAUGCAGACAGGAAAAGGGCCAUUGGUUUUGUUGUUGGACAAACAGAUUGGGAGAAGAUAACAGAUGAAAGUGGUCAUCUUGCUGAGAGAGCCCUCAACCGCACCAAGUAUAUAUGAAAAAGUGGUUAAAUGGGAUUUCAUGCCUUUAAGGCCAUUUGCUCUGAGGAGAAGUGAACCAAGGUGUCAUAAGCAUCUUGCAUGGGUCAUGUCACUCCCACCUUCACAGUUUUUCUUUGUUACUUUAGUUUCAGCAAUUUUCUUGAGAUAUUGGCAGAUAACCAGUGCCCUCAAAAAACCCAGUGAAUCCCGCUGCUCCUAAGUGAGAAAGACAGUUUACUUUUUAAUAUUUUUGGAGGGGAGGGAGGGGGAGGGCCAGUAGUUUUAGCUGCUGUUUGUGGGAUAAAGUGGAAGGAUUAGACAGACGUUACCUCCACUGUACUGUCACAGAAUGUUUAUCACCUUUUGCUUUGUGGCUGUUCUCGUUUUAUACUGUAUGUACCUUGUAGCUUAUUGUAUUAGGAAGCAGAACAAUAAAUUUCACUAUAAACUC